AUGAUGAAAAGGGCAACUAUGGCUACAUUUUCACAAAAGCGUUCUUGUAGUUAUAGAAUUCGAUCUAUUAGCUUACCAACUAGAUCACAUCCAAGCACACUUCGAAUUGAAGAGGAGCUACAAAAGCUUGAGUCUUGGGAGGCAUCAUCAUCAUCAUCUUCCUCAAAGGUGGAAAAAAUUUGCUUUGGUCUACGUGGUCUUGCAGAGUUGUACAAGUUCGUAGAAGAACUUUUGAAAUUGUCACUGACCCAACAAGCACUAGCCCAUCACCAAAACGAGAAAUGGGUUGAUGAGUUGUUAGAUUACCCUGUAAGAUUCUUGGACAUAUUGGGUGAAACAAGGGAUGCUAUAAUGUUAAUGAAAGGAAAUGUUAGAGAACUUCAAUCAGCACUUAGAAGGAGAAAGGUUGGAGACAUAGUGAUUGAAACCCAUAUCUCUUCAUAUUGGAGUCUCAGAAGAAACACAAUAAAGGGAUGUACAAAAUCUCUCCUUUUAUUGAAGCAGAUAGAUGGGUCAUUUGGAGCUUCUUCUCCUUCCCUAGAUCUUAAUCACCACCUCUCUGCAGUUGUAAGGGUUCUUAGAGAAGCUAGUUUGAUCACCAGCUUAAUCUUUCAGUCACUAGUGGCAUUUCUUUCUCCACCAAUCUUCAAGUGGAGGCUUAAUAAGUGGGCAUUUGUCUCAAAACUCAUGCGGAAAGGGGCACUUCAAUGUAACAAUCAACAGGAAAAUAUAAAUGAAUUGGAAAAGGUGGACUUGGCACUUUGCAGAAUGGUUAUGGAUAACACAAUCAAGGAUUUUGAGGCUGAGAAGAUUCAAUCUGCUCAUAGAGAGCUUGAAGCUUUGGUGGUAGUCAUUGAAGGAAUUGAAAAUGGAUUGGAUUGCUUGUUUAAGCACCUUAUUAAUACUCGAGUGUCUUUUCUGAAUAUACUUUCUCCCUGGGGUUGA